CCAUAGCCUUGCUAGUGGUCUCGCUCAAGAUACAGAGAGAGAGAGUAUGGGGAUGGGUUGGUAAAUUUUGAAACAUUUUUUAUUUUUUAUGUCUACAAGAGAAAGUACCAUGUUUUAUUUAAAACCACCGCCUCGCGACAGAUGCCAAGCUUGAUGCUGGACUGAGGGACUUUACUUCAUAUCAAGACCCACUGGAAGAGGAAGCAGAUUAUACAUCAGAAUUUCACAUCUUGGGGGAGGACACAAGCUGAAUUAACCUAUCUCUGCGGUGACAAAAGGGGAAUAAUGGUGAUUUUGCGCCGGGCUCGGCCGCCUGCUUCCGCCCCAACCAGCAAUGAAUCUUGACUCGCUCUCGCUGGCUUUGUCUCAAAUCAGCUACCUGGUUGACAAUUUAACUAAGAAAAAUUACAGAGCCAGCCAGCAGGAAAUACAACAUAUUGUGAAUCGACACGGCCCUGAAGCAGACAGGCAUUUGUUACGCUGUCUCUUCUCCCAUGUGGAUUUCAGUGGCGAUGGUAAAAGCAGCGGCAAAGACUUCCAUCAGACACAGUUUCUGAUCCAGGAGUGUGCGUCGCUGAUCACUAAGCCAAACUUUAUCUCGACGCUCUGCUACGCCAUCGACAAUCCUUUACACUAUCAGAAGAGUUUGAAGCCAUCACCCCAUUUGUUUACUCAGCUGAGUAAAGUGCUGAAAUUAAGCAAGGUCCAGGAGGUGAUUUUUGGCCUUGCCCUGUGGAACUCCUCCAGCGUAGACCUGAGAGGAUUUGCCGGCCAGUUUGUGAAGCAGAAGCUUCCGGAUCUCCUGCGGUCUUACGUGGACUCGGACCUUGCAGGGAACCAGGGAGGUGGCUUCCAGGACAUUGCCAUAGAGGUCCUGCACCUGCUCCUCUCCCACCUCCUCUUUGGGCAGAAGGGAGCUUGUGGGGUUGGACAGGAACAGAUUGACGCCUUCCUCAAAACCCUGUGCAGAGAUUUCCCGCAGGAGCGCUGUCCCGUGGUGCUCGCACCACUGCUGUACCCUGAAAAACGGGACAUUCUGAUGGACAGGAUCCUGCCAGACUCUGGGGGGUUAGCCAAGACCAUGAUGGAGAGCUCACUCGCUGAGUUCAUGCAGGAAGUGGGCUAUGGCUUUUGUGCAAGUCUCGACGAGUGCCGUAACAUAAUCCUGCAGUAUGGGGUGCGGGAGGUCACUGCCAGCCAGGUGGCCCGGGUGCUGGGGAUGAUGGCGCGCACACACUCUGGCCUGUCUGACGGGAUUCCCCUGCAGUCCAUCUCGGCUCCAGGUAGCGGGAUCUGGAGCGAUGGGAAGGACAAGAGCGAGGGAUCCCAGGCGCACACCUGGAAUGUGGAAGUCCUGAUCGACGUCGUCAAGGAAGUCAACCCCAAUCUGAACUUUAAAGAGGUGACCUACGAGCUGGACCACCCGGGGUUCGUCAUCCGCGACAGCAAGGGCCUGCAGAUGGUGGUGUACGGGGUGCAGCGCGGGCUGGGCAUGGAGGUGUUCCCCGUCGACCUCAUCUACAGGCCCUGGAAACACGCCGAGGGACAGUUGUCAUUCAUCCAGCAUUCCCUGAUGAGCCCGGAGGUGUUCUGCUUCGCGGACUACCCCUGCCACACCGUCGCCAUCGACAUCCUCAAGGCCCCGCCCGAAGACGACAACCGCGAGAUCGCUACCUGGAAGAGCCUGGACCUGGUGGAGUCCCUCCUGCGGCUGUCGGAGGUGGGCCAGUACGAGCAGGUGAAGCAGCUCUUCAGCUUCCCCAUAAAGCACUGCCCCGACAUGCUGGUGCUGGCCCUGCUGCAGAUCAGCACGUCCUGGCACACGCUGCGCCACGAGCUCAUCUCCACGCUCAUGCCCAUCUUCCUGGGCAACCACCCCAACUCCGCCAUCAUCUUGCACUACGCAUGGCACGGCCAGGGACAGUCUCCUUCCAUCCGGCAGCUGAUCAUGCACUCGAUGGCAGAGUGGUACAUGAGGGGGGAGCAGUACGACCAGGCCAAGCUCUCCCGCAUCCUGGAUGUGGCUCAGGACUUGAAGUCUCUAUCAAUGCUGCUAAAUGGCACUCCAUUCGCCUUUGUUAUUGACCUUGCUGCACUUGCGUCUCGACGUGAAUACCUCAAACUUGACAAAUGGCUCACUGACAAGAUUAGAGAGCACGGGGAGCCCUUCAUCCAGGCCUGUGUGACCUUCCUGAAGAGGCGCUGUCCCUCCAUCAUGGGGGGGCUGGCCCCGGAGAAGGACCAGCCCAAAAGCGCCCAGCUCCCCCCGGAGACGCUGGCCACCAUGCUGGCCUGCCUGCAGUCCUGUGCGGGGAGUGUGUCUCAGGAGCUGUCGGAGACCAUCCUCACCAUGGUGGCGAACUGCAGCAACGUGAUGAACAAGGCCCGCCAGCCCCCGCCGGGCGUGAUGCCCAAGGGCCGCGCGCCCAGCACCAGCAGCCUGGACGCCAUUUCCCCCGUCCAGGUAUCGGUGUCCCCCCUGCAGAUCGACCCCCUGUCAGCCAUGGGCACCCUUACCCUGGGGGGCUCGACUGCCUCCCACACGCAGAGCAUGCCCGGGUUCCCCACCCCGCUGGGGUCCACCUUCAGCAACCCCCAGUCCCCUGCCAAGGUCUUCCCCACGCUGUCCAACCCCGCCCCCUCCACCCCGUUUGGAGGCCUGGGGAGCCUGUCCUCCCAGCUGCCAGGUCCGUUGGGAAGCGGGAGCUUGUCCGGAAUCGGUUCUGGCCUGGGCAUGCCGGCCGUGAGCAGCGACCCGUUCGUGACGAGGAAGAUGAGCACCCCGGGACUCAACCCCCCGACCUUCCAGCAGACUGACCUCUCUCAGGUGUGGCCUGAGGCCAACCAGCACUUUAGCAAGGAGAUCGACGAUGAGGCCAACAGCUACUUCCAGCGCAUUUACAACCACCCGCCACACCCCACCAUGUCGGUUGACGAGGUGCUGGAGAUGCUGCAGCGCUUCAAGGACUCCAGUGUUAAGCGUGAGCGCGAGGUCUUCAACUGCAUGCUGAGGAACCUGUUCGAGGAGUACCGCUUCUUCCCCCAGUACCCGGACAAGGAGCUGCACAUCACCGCCUGCCUGUUCGGCGGCAUCAUCGAGAAGGGCCUGGUCACGUACAUGGCCCUGGGUCUGGCGCUGCGCUACGUCCUCGAGGCCCUGCGCAAGCCCUUCGGCUCCAAAAUGUACUACUUCGGCAUCGCUGCACUAGAUAGAUUUAAAAAUCGACUGAAGGACUAUCCCCAGUACUGUCAGCACUUGGCUUCCAUCCCACACUUCCUGCAGUUCCCUCACCAUUUACAGGAGUGUGUGCAGUAUAUCGAGUACGGCCAGCAGUCACGAGACCCCCCAGUGAAGAUGCAGGGCUCCAUCACCACCCCCGGCAGCCUGGCCCUCGCCCAGGCCCAGUCGCAGGCACCCCAGAAAGCCCCCCUCCCGGGACAGGUCAGCACCAUGGUAACCACAUCCACCACAACCACUGUUGCCAAAACCACUACCAUUACCCGCCCCACCGCCGUCAGCUUCAAGAAGGACGUUCCAGUGAGUAUCGGUAACGCCAGGGAAGUCGGGCCGUCUAUUAAUACGACCAACAUCGACACCCUGCUGGUGGCAACAGACCAAACAGAGCGGAUUGUGGAGCCUCCGGAGAACGUGCAGGAGAAGAUCGCGUUCAUCUUCAACAAUCUCUCACAGUCCAACAUGACCCAGAAGGUUGAGGAGCUGAAGGAGACGGUGAAGGAGGAGUUCAUGCCCUGGGUCUCUCAGUACUUGGUCAUGAAGCGGGUCAGCAUCGAACCAAACUUUCACAGCCUCUACUCCAACUUCCUGGACACGCUCAAGAACCCCGAAUUUGUCAAAAUGGUCCUGAACGAGACCUACAGAAACAUCAAGGUUCUGCUGACAUCUGACAAGGCUGCGGCCAACUUCUCCGACCGAUCUCUGCUGAAGAACCUGGGCCACUGGCUCGGGAUGAUCACCCUGGCCAAGAACAAGCCCAUACUGUACACGGACCUGGAGGUGAAGUCUCUGCUGCUGGAGGCUUAUGUAAAGGGACAGCAGGAGCUGCUCUACGUUGUCCCGUUCGUUGCCAAAGUCUUGGAGUCCAGUCUGAGGAGCAUGAUAUUCAGACCCCAGAACCCUUGGACUAUGGCCAUUAUGAAUGUACUGGCAGAGCUGCACCAGGAGCAUGAUCUGAAGCUGAAUCUGAAGUUUGAGAUCGAGGUUCUGUGCAAGAACCUGUCGCUGGACAUCAACGACCUGAAGCCCGGGAGCCUGCUGAAGGACAAGGACAAGCUGAAGAGUCUGGAGGAGCAGCUGUCCGCACCAAAGAAAGAGGCCAAGCCGCCCGAGGAGAUGCUGCCUAUCGUCCCCACAGGAGACUGUCUUCCCUUCGCCACUGCGCCCCCCACACCCGCCACCACCACCACCUGCACAGCCACCGGGCCCCCCACCCCCCAGUUCAGUUACCAUGACAUCAACGUCUACGCCCUGGCUGGCCUGGCCCCCCACAUCAACAUCAAUGUCAACAUCCCGCUGCUGCAGGCGCACCCCCAGCUGAAGCAGUGUGUGAGGCAGUCCAUCGAGCGGGCGGUGCAGGAGCUGGUGCACCCCGUGGUGGACCGCUCCAUAAAGAUCGCCAUGACGACGUGUGAGCAGAUCGUGCGGAAGGACUUUGCGCUGGACUCGGAGGAGUCCCGCAUGCGCGUGGCGGCGCAUCACAUGAUGCGCAACCUGACCGCCGGCAUGGCCAUGAUCACCUGCCGAGAGCCCCUGCUCAUGAGCAUCGCCACCAACCUGAAGAGCAGCUUCGCCGCCGCGCUGAGGGCCCCCACGCCCCAGCAGAGGGAGAUGAUGGAGGAGGCAGCUGCCCGUAUCGCCCAGGACAACUGUGAGCUGGCCUGCUGCUUCAUCCAGAAGACCGCUGUGGAGAAGGCCGGGCCAGAGAUGGACAAGAGGCUGGCCACCGAGUUUGAGCUGAGGAAGCACGCUCGGCAGGAGGGCCGGCGCUACUGUGACCCGGUGGUGCUGACGUACCAGGCCGAGCGCAUGCCCGAGCAGAUCAGGCUAAAGGUGGGAGGUGUGGACCCUAAACAGCUGGCUGUUUAUGAGGAGUUUGCCCGCAAUGUUCCCGGGUUCCUGCCUAGCAACGACCUGUCUCAGCCCACUGGAUUCCUCGCCCAGCCCAUGAAGCAACAGGCGUGGGCGGCGGAUGACGUGGCCCAGAUCUAUGAUAAGUGCAUGACGGACCUGGAGCAGCACCUGCACGCCGUCCCGCCGGCCCUGGCCUUGAACCCGCAGACCCAGGCGCUGCGCAGCCUGCUGGAGUCCGUGGCCCUGGCCCGAAACUCCCGCGACGGCAUCGCCGCCCUCGGCCUGCUGCAGAAGGCGGUGGAGGGCCUGCUAGAUGCCACCAGCGGGGCGGAUGCGGACCUGCUCCUGCGGUAUCGGGAGUGCCACCUGCUGGUGCUGAAAGCCCUGCAGGACGGCCGGGCCUACGGGCCGCAGUGGUGCAACAAGCAGAUCACCCGCUGCCUGAUCGAGUGCCGUGACGAGUACAAGUACAACGUGGAGGCGGUGGAGCUGCUGAUCCGAAACCACCUGGUCAACAUGCAGCAGUACGACCUGCACCUGGCGCAGUCGAUGGAGAACGGGCUGCACUACAUGGCGGUGGCGUUCGCCAUGCAGCUGGUGAAGCUGCUGCUGGUGGACGAGCGGAGCGUGAGCCACAUCACCGAGGCCGACCUGUUCCACACCAUCGAGACGCUGAUGAGGACCAGCACCCACUCCCGCGCCAACGCCCCAGAGGGGCUCCCCCAGCUGAUGGAGGUGGUGCGCUCUAACUACGAGGCCAUGAUCGACCGCGCCCACGGCGGGCCCAACUUCAUGAUGCACUCUGGGAUCUCGCAGGCGUCGGAGUACGACGACCCCCCCGGCCUGCGGGAGAAGGCGGAGUACCUGCUGAGGGAGUGGGUCAACCUGUACCACUCCGCCGCCGCCGGCCGCGACAGCACCAAGGCCUUCUCCGCCUUCGUGGGCCAGAUGCACCAGCAGGGCAUCCUGAAGACGGACGACCUCAUCACGCGCUUCUUCCGGCUGUGCACGGAGAUGUGCGUGGAGAUCAGCUACCGGGCGCAGGCCGAGCAGCAGCACAACCCCGCGGCCAGCGCCGCCAUCAUCCGCGCCAAGUGCUACCACAACCUGGACGCCUUCGUGCGCCUCAUCGCCCUGCUCGUCAAGCACUCGGGCGAGGCCACCAACACCGUCACCAAGAUCAACCUGCUCAACAAGGUUCUGGGCAUCGUGGUGGGCGUUCUGAUCCAGGACCACGACGUGCGUCAGACAGAGUUCCAGCAGCUUCCGUACCACCGCAUCUUCAUCAUGCUGCUGCUGGAGCUCAACGCCCCCGAGCACGUGCUGGAGACCAUCAACUUCCAGACCCUCACGGCCUUCUGCAACACGUUCCACAUUCUGAGGCCCACCAAAGCCCCAGGGUUCGUCUAUGCCUGGCUGGAGCUCAUCUCUCACCGCAUCUUCAUCGCCCGGAUGCUGGCUCACACCCCUCAGCAGAAGGGCUGGCCCAUGUACGCCCAGCUGCUGAUCGACCUCUUCAAGUACCUGGCCCCCUUCCUGAGGAACGUAGAGCUCAACAAGCACAUGCAGAUUCUCUACAAGGGCACUCUGCGUGUGCUGCUGGUCCUGCUGCAUGACUUCCCAGAGUUCCUGUGCGACUACCACUACGGCUUCUGUGACGUCAUCCCGCCCAACUGCAUCCAGCUGCGCAACCUGAUCCUCAGCGCCUUCCCCCGCAACAUGCGGCUGCCUGACCCCUUCACCCCCAACCUGAAGGUCGACAUGCUGAGCGAAAUCAACAUCGCUCCCCGUAUCCUCACCAACUUCACGGGAGUGAUGCCGUCUCAGUUUAAGAAGGACCUGGACUCGUACCUAAAGACUCGCUCCCCCGUCACCUUUUUAUCCGAGCUUCGCAGCAACCUGCAGGUAGGGGGCACCAUUCUGGGUCCCUGGAAACAUUUGCAGCAAAGUGACACAUCUAUAGACCAGGUGUCGAACGAGCCGGGGAACCGGUAUAACAUCCAGCUGAUCAACGCACUGGUGCUGUACGUGGGCACCCAGGCCAUCGCCCACAUCCACAACAAGGGCAGCACACCCUCCAUGAGCACCAUCACCCACUCAGCCCACAUGGACAUCUUCCAGAACCUGGCUGUGGACCUGGACACCGAGGGACGGUACCUGUUCCUCAAUGCGAUAGCCAAUCAGCUGCGGUAUCCAAACAGCCACACCCACUACUUCAGCUGCACAAUGCUCUACCUGUUUGCCGAAGCCAACACCGAAGCCAUUCAGGAGCAGAUCACCAGGGUGCUGCUGGAGAGGCUGAUCGUGAACAGGCCACACCCCUGGGGUCUCCUCAUCACCUUCAUCGAGCUCAUCAAGAACCCGGCCUUCAAGUUCUGGAACCACGACUUUGUGCACUGCGCUCCGGAGAUAGAGAAGCUGUUCCAGUCGGUGGCUCAGUGCUGUAUGGGACAGAAGCAGGCUCAGCAGGUGAUGGAGGGCACCAGUGCCAGCUAAUCCAGCUCCACCCGAAUCGCCCAGCCUCCACCCUGCCCCUGCCCUGAGAACUCCCCCAUGGUGCACACCCCUCCUCCCCGCCCAGCGACCGCUCCGGCGAGGACCGGGGUCACAUGACUGCCUCCGGCGCACUGUUUCAGUUUAUUGGCCAGGAAAAAAAAAAAGAAAGAAAAAGGAAAAAAAGAAAAAAAAAAUCAUUAAAAAAAAAAAAAGACAAAAAAAAGGAGGACAUGCUGUGAAUAUAAUUUGGGAACUUCACUGUAAAUAAAAAAAUAAAAGGGAGUUAGACGGGUGUCUCGCAGAACUGGAUGCUAAGAGUCGGCAUGUUAAUGAGGUCAGAACGGGGAGCGGGCGGGAGGGGGUGCUCAUUCUGUACAGUGACAGGCAGCUGCUGAUGAAGAGUUCCAUUUUUGGGGAGCAACCCAGCUACCCCCCUCCCCUCAACCCCCGAACCCCCCCACCCCGGCCAGUCUCCCCACGAGGACUUCUGAGUUCUGCCUUCUUUGUAAGAUUGGUCUCAGUUUGCGUUUUAGAGGCUUAUAAGGAGUGGUAAAAAGCCUUGCUAUAGUUUGCUUCUUUUUUUUUUUUUUUUUUUUUGUGGGGAGGA